ACAAACGUUUUGAGAACGCAGCCUCCUCGUGCAGUAUUCCGAGUUCACGAGGAACAUUGGAGAGAAGUCGUGUAUUUUUUAUCAUAUCUCCUGUCCAUAAACUAUGCUUGUUACGUAGUGGAAAGAAAAUUUAUUCUCAGUGUGAUCGUUUUCGUGUGGUGACCACUCGUGUAAUCAACGGCUCUAUAGCCUGCCAAAAAAACAGGCUAAGCGGUAAUAUAACAUAUAUCUCGAAAUGGAUGAGUACACGCGCGAACCAUGCCCCUGGCGCAUCGUGGACGACGCUGGAGGCGCCUUUUCGAUGGGUCUCAUUGGUGGUGGAAUUUUCCACUCUAUCAAAGGUUAUCGCAAUGCUCCAACAGGAUUUAGCCGACGGUUAGCUGGAUCCCUAACGGCUAUCAAAACUCGCGCACCCUUUACCGGUGGUCAAUUUGCUAUGUGGGGCGGGGUGUUCUCAACAAUCGAUUGUUCAUUGGCGCAUAUUAGGAAGAAAGAAGACCCAUGGAAUUCGAUUGCGUCUGGAGCAAUUACAGGUGGUAUCCUCGCUGUCAGACAAGGAACAGGAACAAUGGUGGGAUCAGCUAUUAUUGGUGGUAUUCUUUUGUCGCUAAUUGAAGGUGCGGGAAUCCUGUUCACACGUAUGCAAUCGGAACAGUUCAAACCCAUUUCCCCAUUAGACAUGCCUCUAGAGGGUAGUAGCGAAUCGGCAAACGCAUAAUGACGUUGUGUAAUUCGUAGACGCAUAGUUGUCGAACGAUGUAAAUGUGCUUUUAGCUUAUGUUAAAUAUAUUGAGGAAUAUCGACAAAGUCUAGGAGAAAUGUCACCGAAGGCGUUGUUGUAGCGAAUACUGUAUAUCUGUUAUUCGCUUACACUAUAAAUGCGCUAUAAGACUGCUCGAAGAGAAAGACAGACUG